AUGGGUGAUUUCGAAUUUGUUCUUCACAGCUACUUGUGCAGGACAAUGAUUACUGUAGUAAUUUCAGGUGGAGUUUUAAGUUAUUUCCGCGAUUUCUUUGGGCGGAAAGAAUUGAGAAUAUUAAUAUUGGGUCUAGAUGGAGCGGGAAAGACAACUAUUUUAUAUAGACUUCAGGUAGGCGAGGUUGUGACGACGAUUCCAACCAUAGGUUUCAAUGUGGAACAAGUUAUAUAUAAGAACCUCAAGUUUCAGGUAUGGGAUCUUGGUGGCCAAACAUCCAUUCGUCCAUACUGGAGAUGUUACUACUCGAAUACGGAUGCAAUCAUAUAUGUGGUUGACUCAGCGGACAAAGAUCGGAUUGGCAUUUCAAAGCAGGAACUUGUGUCUAUGUUAGAGGAGGAAGAACUGAAGGGCGCACUUUUAUUGGUUUUGGCAAAUAAACAAGAUAUUUCUGGUUGUCUUUCUGUGACUGACGUGCAUCGUUGUUUGGGACUGGAUGCUCUACGAACACGAACUUUUCAAAUCUUUAAAACGUCUGCAACAAAGGGCGAAGGAUUAGAUGAAGCAAUGGAGUGGUUAUCGAACAAUUUGCAACAAAGACGAUGA